AGGGCUCCCUGUGGUAGGACUAUAUAACCCCAGAAGGCCUGCACCAGGCUGACUCUCCGCUUCUUUCCAGCCAGAGCCACUGCCCCGCUCCAGGAGACCUAAGCCAUGGCACCCAAGAAAGCCAAGAGGAGGGCAGCAGCAGAGGGCGGAAGCUCCAACGUCUUCUCCAUGUUCGACCAGACCCAGAUCCAGGAGUUCAAGGAGGCCUUCACAGUAAUUGACCAGAACCGAGAUGGCAUUAUUGACAAAGAGGACCUCAGGGACACCUUUGCAGCCAUGGGCCGCCUGAAUGUGAAGAAUGAGGAGCUGGACGCCAUGAUGAAGGAAGCCAGUGGUCCUAUUAACUUCACCGUCUUCCUGACCAUGUUCGGAGAGAAGCUCAAGGGUGCGGAUCCUGAGGAUGUGAUCACCGGCGCCUUCAAGGUCCUGGACCCGGAGGGGAAGGGCACCAUCAAGAAGCAGUUCCUGGAAGAACUGCUUACCACGCAGUGUGACCGCUUCACCCCCGAGGAGAUCAAGAACAUGUGGGCAGCCUUCCCCCCAGAUGUGGGUGGCAACGUGGAUUACAAGAACAUCUGCUACGUCAUCACGCACGGUGAUGCCAAGGACCAGGAGUAGUGGCCUUUUAGGCCUCUGGUGGCCAGAGCUUCCAGCUUCCACCCUGGACUCCCAAUAAAAUUCAACUGGUCUUUUGUUUCUUA